CCAGCGCUCGCCAGCGUUCGCCCUGUUCCGCGCGUCAUGUGUCCCCGAGCCGUGCCAGUGCCAGCGCUGCAGCUUUUGGCUCUGGGCGCGCUGCUGUGGCCGGCGGCCGAUGCCUGGGAGCUCACGAUCCUGCACACCAACGACGUGCACAGCCGACUGGAACAGACCAGCGAGGACUCUAACAAGUGUGUCAACGCCAGCCUCUGCGUCGGCGGCGUGGCGCGACUCUUCACCAAGGUGCAACAGAUCCGCCAAGCCGAGCGCAAUGUGCUGCUGCUGGACGCAGGCGACCAGUACCAGGGCACCAUGUGGUUCACCGUGUACGAGGGCGCCGAGGUGGCACACUUCAUGAACGCUCUGGGCUACGAUGCCAUGGCACUUGGAAACCAUGAAUUCGAUAAUGGUGUAAAAGGACUGAUCGACCCACUCCUCAAAAAGGCUAAAUUUCCAAUUCUGAGUGCUAACAUUAAAGCCAAGGGGCCUCUAGCAUCUGAAAUAUCAGGACUUUAUCUGCCAUAUAAAAUUCUUUCUGUUAAUGGUGAAACUGUGGGAAUUGUUGGCUACACAUCCAAAGAAACUCCUUUCCUCUCCAAUCCAGGAGCAAAUUUAGUAUUUGAAGAUGAAAUCACUGCAUUGCAACCUGAAGUAGACAAGCUAAAAACUCUAAGUGUGAACAAAAUUAUUGCACUGGGACACUCUGGCUUUGAAACAGAUAAACUCAUUGCUCAGAAGGUGAAGGGCGUGGACGUCGUGGUGGGAGGACACUCCAACACGUUUCUCUACACAGGCAAUCCACCUUCCAAAGAGGUGCCUGUUGGGAAAUACCCAUUCAUAGUCACCUCUGACGAUGGCCGGAAGGUUCCUGUGGUCCAGGCCUAUACUUUUGGCAAAUACUUAGGCUACUUGAAGGUUGACUUUGAUGAAAAAGGAAAUGUCAUCACAUCACAUGGAAAUCCUAUUCUUCUCAACAGCAGCAUUCCUGAAGAUCCAAGUAUAAAAGCACAGAUUAACAGCUGGAGGAUAAAAUUAGAUAACUACUCUACCCAGGAAUUGGGGAAAACAAUUGUCUAUCUGAAUGGCUCCGAUAAGGCGUGCCGCUUUGCAGAAUGCAACAUGGGCAACUUGAUCUGUGAUGCUAUGAUUAACAACAACCUGAGACACCCAGAUGAGAUGUUCUGGAACCACGUGUCCAUGUGCAUUUUAAAUGGAGGAGGAAUCCGAUCGUCCAUUGAUGAAAAGAACAAUGGUACAAUUACAUGGGAAGAUCUGACUGCUGUGCUGCCCUUUGGAGGCACAUUUGACCUGGUCCAGUUGAAAGGUUCCACUCUGAAGAAGGCCUUCGAGCACAGUGUAUACCGCUACGGCCAGUCCACUGGAGAGUUUCUGCAGGUGGGCGGAAUCCAUGUGGAAUAUGACCUUUCCAGAAGACCUGGAGAUAGAGUGGUCAAACUAGAUGUUCUCUGUACCAAGUGUCGAGUACCCAGCUAUGAGCCCCUCAAAAUGGAUGAGGUAUAUAAGGUGAUCCUCCCAAACUACCUGGCCACUGGCGGAGACAGAUUCCAGAUGAUAAAAGAUGAAUUAUUAAAACACGACACUGGUGACCAAGAUAUCAACGUGGUUUCUCAAUAUAUCUUAAAAAUGAAAGUAAUUUAUCCAGCAGUUGAAGGUCGGAUCAAGUUUUCUGCAGGAGAUCACUGCCACGGAAGCUUUUCUUUGAUACUUCUUUCACUCUUGGUAGUGAUCCUCGUUUUAUACUAAUAGCCAAAAUAUUCUCCUUGGCAGUAGUUUGUGAAACUGCAUUUUUUUUUAAAAAAAAAGUGAAAAUCAAAACUGCCUUUCAUGAACUUGUUGCAAUGGCACAAAACAAUCUGUGCAGGCUCCUAGAAGCUGUUGCUGUGAGCACUGUAAAAGGAGGACUGACAUCACUCAGGUCAGCCACUCAAAACAAGAAGCAAAACAUUAAAAGUGGGGCUCUUCGAGGAGAAAGCCAACCAUGCAGUGUACAUAUCCAAAUCUUAAUAAAAUUUUAUUAACUUUAUGCCAUACACAUAAAUUCUCUCCUUUAUAUCCAUUUCUAAUCCAUCAAGUAACUUGUGCUUACAGAUAAUAUCAUUUGUAAGGAAAACUUAAGCACAUUGUCUCAUUUAAUAUCUAUGAUUUUGGUGGUACUGAACAGAAGAGGAAACUGAAGCUCAGGAAGGGUUCGCUUGAUCAAGACCCUACAGGUGGAAUUAACAUAUUCACAGGGUAGCAUUCUCCACUGCAUCACCCAUGCACUUUUAAUGGGUCAGGGAACAAACUGUCCAAUAGAUAAUAGCAAAAGUCAGAGGCUGUACAAGACAGUCAAAAGGCAAGGCAAGCAAAAAAGGAAGAACAGCACAACAGAAUGUACAUUAUAGAAGAGAAAGAACUGAAGGGUAGUGAGCUGUGGUAAACAGGUACUGACUAAGGAGGUAUCUGAUGCAUGGUAUUAGCUGUUAUUAAUCUUAUGAGAUACCAUCAGCUCUCCCAUCUCUCCUUUUCCUAACAUGAAGGUAAUACAAGGGCCUUCUAAAAUAAGCUGUAAUUCUACACCUGCAUCUGUCCCUCACAGAGGACAGAGGCACUGAGCUUAUUCUAUUCACACCAGGCACAUACCCUAUUAUGGGCUUUAAGAAGUGAUACUCACAUGAUAUUUGAAGCCAGAAGGCUUCAAAUCCAAACAAACAAGUAAGUUCCCCUCAAGCCCAGCUCUGACAAUCUUGCCAGGGAGAGAAGCUCCUAAGUACCUAGAAAAUAUCCAGAUUGAUUAAAUGAGUUAUGCCCAAAGAACAAAGUAAUACUUGCUGAAGGUACAGAAGAACCAUGUGAACAUCUGCCCAGCACUGUGUAAGAAACACAAGUAAUAGGAGUCUCCACUUUAAAAAUAGUGAGCCAACAGCAACUGGUAGUUUGCAGAAUGAAUAUGUUUAUCUUAGAGUUGACAGACACUCAGUAUAAAAUAAUACUUUUAAACUUCAUCUUUUAAAAGGUUACUGCAGUAAAAUAAUGCCCACUGUUCUAUGCAGAAACAGAUUUGGUAUAAACAAAAGUUUCUAAGAUUGUAUGAGGAAAAUUAGAAAGUUAUACUUAGGGUACACGCUUUAUCCUUGGCCAGUAAAAUAAGAUAAAUCCCAUUAGAGUACAAUAUUUUAAAGAAAAUUUUUGUAAGUUUUCUACAUGUGCAUAUAUAUUGUGUAACAGUAUGAGAAAUGACUUUGAAAUACUCUUGAGGAUUCAAAACAAUAAAAAUGGUGAUAUUUU